AUGAACGACAGCCCAGCGGGGCGUCAGAUCCAUACCGCCAAGUCGAAUUGGAUUUAUAUCAUCGUUGGGGAGGUCAAGGAGUUCUCUAGAGACGAGCUUGUCAAGGCCUUGGCGCGCGUUGAGGGCAUCGAAGAGGAGCUGUUCCUCGCUGCCAUUCCCAUCCCCUUACUGGCACCGACCUCCCAGAUACAAGCGGCCAUGUGGUCGGCACAGUUCUGGCCCACUGUCUACCGCAAGAAUAAUCCUCUGGGACCCCACCCAAGUGUCUUCGCCAGAGGUAGCGACGAGAUCAAGGACUCGGCCUCGCUGUGGAUGGCCCUCGCUCACGAGGUAGCACAGCAGGGACGAGCAGCCGGCAUUGGCGAGGCGAUAGGCUGUGUGAUUGUCCAAAGAGAUGACGAAGGCUCGUCCCUGGUAGCUCUGGCCGCAGACGCCCGUUGGCACCAGGAGCCCAACGGCCUCUCGGAUGCGGGCCUACCCAUGACGCACGCGGUCCUCCGUGCUAUGAGCAUGGUAGCACAGAAGCUUGUGCGACACGAACGAAAGGGCAACGGCCUACCGCUGAAUAUUCCCAACUUGGAGUACGACGCGUUCCAGGAUCAGCCCCUGAUCCCUUUGGAGCGAGCUUGCUACGAGCAGGAGCAUCCCAACAAGGACGGUUAUCUGUGCCACGCGUUGGAAAUGUACAUAACCCACGAACCUUGUGUUCAAUGCUCCAUGGGGCUGCUUCACUCGCGCAUGGGCAAAGUCGUGUUCGGCAAACACAUUGCCGGGACGGGGGGGCUAAGCUCUGAUGAUCGUCCGGACGGAGGUGGACGAGGGUUGGGACUGUUUUGGAGGCGUGAGCUCAACUGGAGCUUGCUCGCCUGGGAAUGGGAAGGCGACAGUUUGCUCGAGCUGCCGCCAAUCUCGCCAACUACUCAUGUUUAG